CAAGCGGGCUGACGCUCGGCGGUGGCGAGCAAGAUGGCGGACGGGCAGCUGCGCGAGGCGAGUCUCGGCGGAGAGCCGGAGCCGGAGCCGGAGCCGGUGGUCCGGAGUUGGCAGGAAGGAGUGGAUUUGUGUUCAGGGAUAUAUCAACAUCUGAAGGAGUAUGUGCCUCCAGUGCUUUGCUCAGGAUCAGAAGCCAAGCCAGCUGAGGAGAAUCGGGCUUAUCAAAAAUUACUGCAAACCUUGGAGUGGUAUCUGUUCGGAGAAACCCCAGCGGAUGGAUUUGCAAAGCUGGAACAAAGCAACAGUUCUUCACAGCUCUGUGGCCGAGUUUUCAAAGGGGGAGAGGCUACAUAUUCUUGCCGAGACUGUGCGAUAGAUCCCACUUGUGUGCUAUGCGUGGACUGUUUCCAGAAUAGUGUUCACAAAAAUCAUCGGUACAAGAUGAAUUCUUCUUAUGGAGGGGGGUUUUGUGACUGUGGAGAUGUUGAAGCCUGGAAGACUGGACCUGCUUGUAAAAUGCAUGAACAUGGUGCAUCAGAGGACUCUGCGAAUUCUGCAAGCCAGUUACCUGUGGGUUUGGCUGAAAGAGCCCAGCAACUCUUCACUAUUAUCUUCAGGUAUAUCAUAGAUAUGUUGAUCUGGACGGAAGAUAAAGAGCUACCUUUGGGACUCCAACCAAGGGAGAAGACAGAUUCCUAUUUCUGUGUGCUGUUUAAUGAUGAACAGCAUUCGUUUGAGCAUGUCAUCCAUUCACUCCAGAGGUCACUGGGCUGCUCACAGAGAGAAGCACAGAGUCACACCACCUUGAUAGAUAGAGAGGGUCGUAGAGCAGUAAAGCAUGGAACACUGCAGUCGUGUCAAGAAACGAAGUUAGACGUUAUUAACAUUACAAACAGCGUAUUCCAGUCACCUCUACGUGUUGAAAUUCUUCAUUCAAGUGUUGUAUCCCAUCAGAACUUUGCUUUACGUCUUCUCUCCUGGCUCAGUCAAGUUGUCAGCAACUCUGCUGGAUUACGUCAGAUUUUCUGUGAGGUGGUACUUAACCAAGAACCAGAAUCUGAUCAACCUUGCCUGAGCAGCAGAUUAAUGUUGGCUGAUGCCAAGCUCUGGAAAGGAGCACGCAAAGCCUUUCAUGAACUGAUAGUAUGCAGUUUGCUGAUGGAAACAGAAUACAAGAGACUCUUUGCUAUUGAAUUUAUCACUCACUACAAGCAACUUCAGCUCGAAUUUGUGGAUGAUGAUCAUGACCGCAAUGUAUCUGUAACUGCACAGUCUGUUCAAAUAUUCACUGUCCCAACAUUGGCUCGUCAUCUGAUUGAAGAACACGAUGCUCUAAAAAUCAUUAUUGAAACCAUAAUUGAGCUGUUUUCUGAGCAUAUGGAUAACGGAAAGCUUCAUUUUCAGAGUUACUCCCAGGACAAAUUGUCCAGGAAACAAAUGGUCUUGUAUGAUCUUAAGUAUGUUUUGAUCAGCAAGCCACCUCUGUGGACAGACAAGCUAAGAGAGCGUUUCCUUGAGGGUUUUAAAACAUUUUUGAAGCUAUUAAAAACCAUGCAAAAUAUGGAGCCAAUGAGCCGACAGAUUGGGCAGCACCUUGAGAUAGAACCUGAGUGGGAGCCAGCAUUUGCUAUCCAAGUGCUUCUGAAAUGUAUUCUGUCCAUGAUUCAGGAAUGGUGUGCAUCUGAUGAACAAGUUCUUCUUCAAGCUUACAAGGAAUGCCACCGUGUUUUAUCCCAGUGUACUAACGAGUGCAGUCAGCGGGAUGCAAGGAAGCAGCUCAACAUGUUGAACAUGUGUGGUCACUCCAUCAGCUUGAAACGUUAUUUGGUAUCUCGAGAACCUGUCAGCAUCCAUCUUCCCUUAUCCAGGCUCCUUGCAGGUUUGCACGUACAUCUAAACAAGAGUGGAGCAAUUGACAAGUUAGAAGAAUAUGUGCCCUCCUCAGACUUUCAAGUUGAAAAAUUGAUGGACUACCCAUUGCGUUGCUUAGUGCUGAUGGCUCAGGUCUCAGCUGAUAUGUGGAGAAGAAAUGGAUUUUCUUUAGUAAAUCAGGCGUUUUGUUACCGAAAAGUAAAAUGGAGGGAAGAGAUGUUUGACAAAGACAUCAUCAUGUUGCAGAUCGCAGCUUCAAUGAUGGAUCCAAAUCGGUUCUUAAUGUUUCUAUUGAGCAGAUUUGAACUAUUUGAAGUAUUUUCUAAGUCUCCAGUUCCAAGAAAUAAGGAUGUAAUUCAGCAGACUAAUGUCCUAGUGGAGGAACUACUGCACCUUAUCAUUAUAGUGGUUGGGGAGCGGUACGUUCCGGGAGUGGGCCAUGUGAAGAAAGAUGAUGUCACUUUGAGGGAGGUGAUCCAUUUACUUUGCAUUGAGCCAAUGCCUCAUAGUGAACUAGCACAAUCAUUACCUGAGAAUGAAAAUAAUGAAACUGGUUUGGAAAAUGUUAUACAUCAGGUGGCCACUUUCAAAAAGCCAGGAUUGUCUGGACAUGGUGUAUAUGAAUUGAAACCAGAAUAUCUGAAACAUUUCAAUUUGUUCUUCUACCAUUACUACAAGUCACAGCAGACAAAGGCUGAGGAUGAACAGAAGAAGAGGAAAAAACAAUCCAACAGCAAUGAAGCCCUGCCACCACCCCUCCCUCCUCCAUUCUAUUCCACAUUUGUGAAGGUCACAAACAUUUUGAACUGCGAUGUUUUAAUGCUAAUCCUCCGAACAGUUCUCCAGCGGGCUGUGGAUUCUACCGGGCGGUUGUGGAGUGAAGCAAUGAUACAGAAGACUCUUCAUCUUAUCUGCAUGGCAUUACAAGAAGAACAGAGACAACUGGAGGGUGAAGAAGAUGUGAACUUUGAUGUUUAUCUUAAAGCAACAAGAGUAGGAAGUUCCGCAGUGAAUGCUGAGAGCAUCCUGUCACUUUUAGAAAAGCUAAGAUGUGUCCCUCAAUUAGAUGCCCAGAAGGAUAUGAUUAUCUGGACUCUGCAGAUGUUUGAAGCUGUGAAAAAGCUGAGGGAGAAAUCAAGUCCAUGUUCAGCAACAGAAGCAGCCAGUCAAAAGACACAUGAGACUACACAGGACGAAGAUAAAGCUGAGCGUAAACGGAAAGCAGAGGCUGCCAAAUUAUAUCGGCAGAAGAUUAUGGCACAGAUGUCUGCGAUGCAGAAAAACUUCAUUGAAUCAAACAAGCACCUAUACGAGAAGGCGACAGAAGCACCAAAACAAGAGACAGUUAGGACUGAAGUAGAUAGUAUUACAAAUGCUGAGGAUCCUGGUGUGGCAUUGGGACCGAUGCAAGGUGCGACAGCUGCUGAGAAAAUAAUACUGAUCUGCAUUUUAUGUCAGGAAGAGCAGGAAGUGAAAACUGAUGAAAUGGCCAUGGUCCUAGCAGCUUGUGUUCAGAGAUCCACAGCGCUGUCAAAAAGUAGAUCUCGAACCAUAACAAACUUAGGAGAUGACUGUGACCCGCUAAUCAUGCACCCUGACCUAGGCUGUGGUACGCAUGUAGGAAGCUGUGGCCAUGUGAUGCAUGCCAGCUGCUGGCAGAAAUAUUUUGAAGCUGUGCAGAAUUCAACACGUAACAGGCUCCACGCUGAACUACCAUUUGAUCUGGAGACUGGAGAGUUUCUCUGCCCAUUGUGCAAAGCUCUGUGUAACACUGUCUUGCCAGUUAUUCCGCAGCAGGCUCACAAUUUGGACAGCAAAGACACAGAAACUGUAGCGCAGAUACUAACUUUAUCUCGCUGGUUACAGAAUGUGGUAACAAGGAUAAUUGGACUAAACGCUUCAGACUCGAAAGAAAAUGAAAGCAAAUUAAUGCAAGCGAGCCCCACUUCAUGGAAAGAUGCUGUAGAAUUUAGAUCUAUCCUCAGUUUUGGAGUACAGUCACCGAUCAAGUACUCAAAAAGCAUCGUUGAAAUGCUGCAGUUGUUCGCUACAGCCGUGUUCCGAGUAGGGUUGAAGGUUGCUCCCAACGAAGCUGAUUCUAGAGUUCCUUUAAUGGCAUGGAACGCUUGUGCCUUUACCAUUCAAUCCAUAGAGAAUAUUCUUAAUGAUGAGGACAAAGUUUUGUUCGGAUCACUACCAGACAGACAGGGUCUUAGCCUGAAAGCAGUUCUGCAGUUUGCUGCUUCUCAGAGAAUGGUGGCAUCACCCAAAGUUAUCCAGAAGCACUUGAGCCGGUUAAUGUCAGUGUUUCUGCCUCAUCUGGAUGUUGAAGACACUUGGUCAAUCUUGGAUAUUGACUUUUUCCAUCUCUUGGUCAGCCUCGUUCUAGCAUUUCCUUCAUUGUACUGGGAGGAGACUGUGGAGCUACAACCCUCGGACAUCAGCUGUGCAUUUAACAACCUCUACCUCUUCCAUCUGGUUACCAUGGCGCACAUUGUGCAGAUACUACUUACCUCUACAACAGAUUGUCCUAUGGAGCAGGAUGGAGAGGAGAGUGAGGAGUCUCAGUCAGCAGCAGAGCUGUAUGAAGUGCUUCGAGAAUACACAAGCAGAUCUUUAGAAUAUAAGCCCCAUGGCUGCUACCUGUGGAACUGUGUGAAAUGUGGCAUUUUUCCAUUCCUUCGCUGUUCUGCCUUGUUCUUCAACUACCUGCUUGGAGUGCCACCUCCUGAGGAGCUGUCAAAAGAUUCCUCUGAAGGGCAGUUUGAAGCCUUAUGUCUUUACCUGGCGUUGCCUACCAACCUUUUCAAACUUUUUCAGGAGCACCAGGACAUAGUAUCUCCUUUGUUACAAAGAUGGUGUUCUGAUUCUUCAGUGCAAAGCUUUCUCAAAGGAGAGCGAACAACAGUCCAGUAUCCAAGGGAGAGAAACCAAUUAAUGGAACUUCCGGAAGACUACAGUUGUAUACUGAAUCAGGGUUCUCAGUACAAGUGCUCAAGAUCCUCUGAUGAUGAGACGAAGAAUUUAGCACUCUGCAUGUUCUGUGGAGCCAUGCUGUGUUCAGAGAGUCAGUGCUGUCGGGAGGAAGUGAAUGGGGAGGAGAUUGGAGCCUGUGUAGCUCACGCCAUCAACUGUGGAUCUGGUUUGGGCAUGUUCCUAAGGAUCCGGGAAUGUCAGGUGCUGCUGCUGGCAGGGAAAAACAGAGGGUGUUUCAUACCUGCUCCAUACCUGGAUGACUAUGGGGAGACCGAUCAGUUGCUUAGGAGAGGCAACCCCUUGCAUCUGUGCACUGAGCGAUACAAGAAACUUGAACGACUAUGGCAGCAGCAUCGCAUUCUGGAGGAGAUCACAAGGAGCCAGGACAUGAAUCAAGUCGUCAUCGGUCUUGAGUGGCAGCAAUUCUGAUUAGUUGACCCAUCCCGCUCGACAGCAGAAACACCACUAACUUGCUGUUAGAAUAACGUCAAAGGCUAGCCUCUGAGCUGAUUAAAUUGAUGUGGACUGCUUUUAAUCUGCUGUGUCUAUAAUCCAGUUUCAGCUUUCAGAUCUUAUCCACAGGGAAGCCAAUUUCUAUGGUAGCUUCUGGCCAUUUUAUACAGCCUGUUCCUUGGGACAAAAUCUACCAACAUACUGUGGACUUUUGUGGGGACAUUGGUGUGGAUCUAUCAGGGAAGGGGUCAUUGGUGUGGAUCUGUGAGGGAUAAGGAGAUCUGACUGUGCAGGGGGAAUGUUCGAAAUUAGAAAAUAUUGUCAUUCCCCCUUCCCCCUCCCCUCUGUGAAAGUUACUUUCUCUGUUGUGUGUUCUAUCACUGGGGGAGGCUGUUGUCAUGACUGCCAGUGUGAAGUAGUGAGAGACCAGAGCCACCAACUGUGAUUAGUACCUCUCUUCUAUCUAAUGCUCCAUCCUGUUUUAAGGAGUAAAAUAAAUUUACAAUCCACAACAGUCUUCAGGGCACAUCUGGUACCUGGGUAAACAUGUAGUUUGAUCACGCAAGGAAUUGAGAUUCAUAUUUAUAUCCUUAUAAAAUUCCGUUCUGACUGGAAGACUUUGAUCAAUUGGAUUAAUUUUGAGGAGUCAGCAAUACUUUGCAUUUUGAACUGUAUCCAUUCUGCUGAGGUUCUCACUGCAAAUCAGUUUUGUUUUAUUAUACAGAUGAUUCUUUCACCCUCUCAGUGACUUCCAGCAGAGCAGUAUCCAGGUUACUUGAACUUCUAAGUUAGUGCUGACAAUGUUUGGAAGAAUUGAGGGCUUGAUGAAACAGAGGAGCUUGUUAUCCUCUGUUAAAAUUCAGCAAGAUGAAACCAUUGUAACCUGGAAGCGGCUGGUAGUAUAUGCAUUUGAUGAGUGUUUAAUGUUCUGGCCAGUUUUGCAGCAAGGUUCAUAUUGGUGUCCAGGUGUGAUACACAUGCUUGUCCUAUUUCAUACAGCACUAUUAUGAAAGUGAUGCCCAUUUGCAUGGCGGAAGUGAUGUUGGAUUGAGCCACUCCCAUCAUCUUUUGAAGAAGUUGAGACAACAGAUUCUGCAUUUUUUUUCCUUUCUCUAUCUGAAGCAGAUCGUGAUACCACUUCUGGCAAUAACUGAAGUUUCACCAGAUGUUUUAUAAAGAUUAUUACAAAGGGAAAUUAUACCAAAUGCUGUGUUUUCCCUUUUAUUAGGGAGAGGGACUAUAUUAAAUAACAUUACUCAAUAAUAAUGAUA